AUGAACGCACCAGAUCGUUUUGAGUUAUUCGUUAUUCCUGAAGGAAAAAAAAAGGUGGAGAUGGAAGUGGAUACCAAAAUUCCAAAUGCGGCUACAUUCACGAUUGAACGUGAGGAUCACACUCUUGGAAAUAUGUUACGAGGUCAACUACUAAAGGAUCCAAGAGUUUUAUUUGCUGGUUAUAAAGUACCUCAUCCUCUAGAACAUAAUUUCGUCAUCAAAGUGCAAACGGUUCCUGGAACUUCACCUGGAAAGGCAUUAAAAGACGCCACAACUGAACUUAUAUCAGAAAUCAAUGCACUGAAAAACAAAUUUGACAUGGAGGUUAUUCGUCAUCGUACCUUUGAAGAUGCAAAGGCUUCACAAAGCAAUUAUGGUGGUGUUGAUUCCAUGAAUGCUAUGGAAUCUCACCAUGCUGGCAUGGAUGUCGACUUUUAGAGGAAGGGCUAAAUGCAUAAUGGAUCAUUUUUUUAAUACAUAAAAUAGGGAAAGACAUUUGGGGG